AUGGCUAAUUCAAUCUUGGUCUCAGGGGAUGUUCAGAGUUUCUCCCAGAAUCUUCACGUUGGCGUUUCUGGGGGUGUGAGUCGCACUGGGAAAGCCCUCGAACAUGGCUAUAACAACAACGCUGCGCCAGCGGGCGUGUCACAGCUUGCGCUGCCCACAGGCGGAACGAACAAUGUCACCAUUGUCACUAGUGUGCAAAACUAUGAGGGCUCUAGCAAAGAUGGCAGAAAAACUACCAAGAGCAAGAAGAAGGGCCGCAACUCUGUCGAAAAUGCCGCCGCAAACAAACGUCAGCAGGCUCUGCUCAAGUCACUCGCCGAAAGCGAGGCUGCUCGGAUGCGCAAGAACGGUGCUGCAGCUGCUGCAAACUCGACCGCGCAAUUCAUGGGUUCUGUGUCACCACUCAAAUGUCCCCGUACUUUCUCUCCAGACAUCGUCGUUCAAGCUGAUAUUGAGGCGAACCCUGGCAACUACAUGACCGAACCACACGCCGACCCAUCUUCUGCUCAGCCAAGUGGAUUCAAUGUCGUUGUUGACACCGCGUUUAACAGCAGCAACGUCCAGGGCUCUGUCAGCCACUCGAUGGACCCGGUCCAGAGCAACAAAGGCUUCAUCAACGACCCACCACCGCAGGGUCAUGCUACAGCCAGUAAAAGUCAUGAUUCUCCCAUUGUGCCAACCAGGUUCUACCAAGGAUCGAACCAAGUCAUCAACUGCCAGCCUCAGCAUCUUCAGGGCAAUUUGCUCCAGCACGAUCGUGGCUCGCACCAUGGCUGCGACUCGUCGCCGGGAGGGGUUCAUCCUGCCAUGGACCUCGACGGACAGCAGCAUAACAACAACCUCUUCAGCCAUGGAGGGGUAGUAAAUGAAUACAAUAGCCAUCCUGAGGGGGGUUUCAUUAACAGCCCUAUUCAGCAUAACUUCUCGGCCGGAGGGGACCAGAAUGUGUUCCAUGACGUGGCCAAAGCCGUUGUUAUGGGCACCUCCAACUCCGACAUCGCCAUUGACCCCCGUCUCUGGGAGGCUAGUCAGGUUGCGAACUUGAACGACACCACCGAUGCUCAACUCGCCAGCAUGGGCUUCGUCCGUGCCAAUGCUCUUCCCACCUCGCAGUCCGCGGAACGGUUGACCGCCAACACGCCUCAAUAUCCCGAAUUCAACGUGGGCACCUGGGUUCAGCCGAGCUCGCCCACUUACGGUUCGAGCAGCAGCGGGGGUUGUAUCUCGCCUUUCAAAAGCCAUCACAUCGGCACUUCCCAAGGCGAAAUCGAUGACUGUGCAGGGGACAUGGCUGACCUGGGCAACGAACGACAGCCUAGCCGCCGCACCAGCAAGAAGCGAAAGAGCAGCAAGGCGAGCUGCCUUGAUCUCUAUGGCCCCACGACUGAACAGCCUCCACCCAUGAUGACAGAGGCUAUGCGCGAGGCUCUCGCUUCUCAAAGCAGCGGUGGUGCUGUUGCUCCUAUUGCCAACAUGGCGGAGCCUGUUGUUGCUGCUGAGGGGCCCAUCGUGGAGGAUCGGGCGCAAAUGGAGAGAAUGGAGCUCUUCAGAAUGAUUCAGGAGGAACAGAGGAAGUUUCAGGCACAGCAAAAGGCUGAGUGGGAGGCGUUCGAGUUGCGUAUUCAGCAUAUCCUGCAGGGACAUGGUGGUCAGUGA